GCAUCUAGUAAGUGUCUAUCCAGUAUUCCACUGUUCUGCACUUCCACUCCAUCAUCCGUCUCCUCUCCCGACUCCCAUUCUCUUUCCCUCCAAAACUCCAAAUUAUCUCACAACUCUUUUCAGAUGGUUACAAAUGCAGCAACUGGGUUUCUCCAAAACCCUCUUAAUCUAAACUUCUCCUUCUCUUCAUCAUCUUCUUCUUCCCACUCCCAAAUCGCUUUCCACCCAUUUAUAGUACAGAAAUCUUACGUCAGAUACAAACCCAUCAUCAAAAUUACCUGCAUUUCAUCCAGACCCAACAAAAGAUCUUCUUCUAAAAGCGUGAAUUCCGAGGCGCAGGAACUUGUUCGUCUGAUUUUGCGGAAUUUUUCUGAUAAGGAACCCUUGGUUUCCACAUUGAACAAAUACGUCAAAAUUUUGAGGACUGAGCAUUGUUUUAUGCUCUUUGAAGACCUAGGUAAAAGUGACAAGUGGCUUCAAUGUCUUGAGGUGUUUAGAUGGAUGCAGAAACAAAGAUGGUAUAUCGCAGACAACGGUGUGUAUUCGAAAUUGAUUUCAGUAAUGGGGAAAAGAGGUCAAACUAGGAUGGCAAUGUGGCUUUUCUCAGAGAUGCGCAAUAGUGGGUGUCGGCCUGACACUUCUGUUUACAACGCGCUCAUAACUGCACAUCUACAUUCUCGUGAUAAGUCGAAGGGCUUGGAGAAAGCUCUUGGAUAUCUUGAUAAGAUGAAGGGCAUAGAGCGCUGCAAGCCAAGUAUCGUGACAUACAAUAUUCUGUUAAGAGCUUUUGCACAAGCGCGUAAUGUUAAUCAAGUUAAUGCUCUGUUUAAGGAUCUUGAAGAGAGCAUAGUUUCAUCUGAUAUUUACACAUUCAAUGGUGUGAUGGAUGCAUAUGGAAAAAAUGGGAUGAUCAGGGAAAUGGAAGAUGUAUUGUCACGCAUGAAAAUCAAUCAAUGUAAGCCUGAUAUAAUCACUUUUAAUCUAUUGAUUGAUGCCUAUGGAAAGAGGCAAGAAUUUGAGAAGAUGGAGCAAGUUUACAAGAGUUUGUUACGUUCUAAGGAAAAGCCAACACUUCCCACAUUUAAUUCAAUGAUUGUUAAUUAUGGGAAGGCACGACUACGGGAGAAAGCCGAGAGUGUUUUCCAGAGUAUAACCACUAUGGGAUAUACUCCUAACUAUAUUACAUAUGAGAGUGUCAUUAUGAUGUAUGGAUUAUGCGACUCUGUUUCCAGAGCAAGGGAAACAUUUGAUGGGAUCACUGCAUCUAAGAAAGAGUUGAAGGUGUCAACAUUAAACGCUAUGCUAGACGUUUACUGCUUGAGUAGCCUACCAAUGGAGGCAGACAUGCUCUUGGACAGUGCACAAAAUUUAGGUGUUCGCCCAAAUUCUUCGACUUAUAAACUUCUUUACAAAGCCUACACUAAGGCAAACAUGAAAGAUCUUCUACAAAAGUUAUUGAAGCGCAUGGACCAAGAUGGUAUUGUCCCUAAUAAGAGAUUUUUCCUGGAGGCCCUGGGAGCAUUUGGGUCUUCAACGAACUCUACAAACUCCAAAGAAACAAGUACUCAAAAGGCUACUGCAAAGACGUAAUUGCAUACUUUGAAACAUCAAUCAUCUAUUUACAGGCACCGAUGAACUACUUAAAUACUGAUUUGAUUCUCAGAAUAAGAGAGUAUUCAUGCCGACAGUGUCCUUUUCCCUUUAAGCUAGAGGUGCUUGUUUCUUGGACUUAGGCUGACAUUUCUUCUUGGUGCAACUUGUGUUCUAUGUGUGUGGGUCGGCUGGGGGGAAGGGUGAUUGCUUGAUAAAAUUACUUUGAGAAUCAGCGACUCAGUCAGAAGUAACAAAGCUUGGCCAUACUUUUCCCGCGUGGUAGUUUUUGGGAAUCAAAGAUGCAAACUUGAUAUCUUUAUGGCCAUAUCCAGAAUCCAAACCCUGUAUGGCGUACGCUAUACCAGUGGGGCAAUGAAUGCGAAACUCCUUGCUUGUGUGGUAUAGAAUAUCAACUCUGAACUGAGAUUCUCGAAGGAUCUCAGCAUGGUACCAGUCAGCUGUUGUGGAUUAUAAUUAAGCUUGGUUAGAUUUCAAAUUCCCUUUCAAACCUUUGAUGCAGGCUGUAACCAGCCCCUUGACUUGUUUGGUGUUUCUGCACGAUGGACGUAUGUGGUAUCUACAAUGAAGUUUGAAUAAUGUCCUGUUUGUUAUACUGCAGGAGAAAUGAACGAUUUUGUUUUUAGUGAAGUGGCUGGAGUGUGAAAAUUUGAAAUUUUUCUGGAGGGAGGUGUAUUUUUGAAGAAUGAGGAAGAUCAGGACGAGCAGAAAGAAGGAAAAGCCAGUUCUAGAGCUAGAGGUAGAGAAAAAAAUGCACCCAGUUUUAGAAGGUGUUAGAAGUUAAGACUUGUGGAGUUCAUGUGAACUGAUCUUUUGACAUUUCAAGUUCUAUCCAUGUAGUAUAGGUUUCUGUAUUUAGCCGCUCAUAAUGUGAUAGAACUUGAACAGUUGCAUUUAUUUUACGAGAAAGGUAACAAUACAUUGUAGAUAAGUUGUUUCUGA